AUGCCUGCUAUAGAUACGAAACGUCUCCUUCGUUUAUUGCCAAAAUCAAAAGAAGAACAAUCAGAAUGUGUUUCUCGACUGCGAUAUGAGGUGAUGCUAGACAAAAUUGAAUCUGAUAUAGAUGGAAUUUCUCAUGUGCGUCCUUAUAUUUGGAGCGUUUUGUUGAACUCUCCCCCUCGUAGUGCGGAUGAGUAUAUUCACUAUGUUCGCCAAGGUCCUUCUCCCAUGGCUCAGAAAAUCCAAAAUGAUGUUUCUAGAACAUUGGUCGUUGAGACAAGGUUCCACGCCCGUGUAUCCCAAGCUUCCUUAUCCCGUGUAUUAAAUGCCUAUGUUUGGAAACGAGGUGCCAUCUAUGUCCAGGGCAUGAACGUACUAGCUUCUCCUUUUCUAUACGUUUGCAAAAGUGAAAGCCAAGCAUUUCAUCAUUUGGAUAGACUCUUGCAACGUGAGUGUCCUCAAUACGUCUUGCCCAACAUCGAUGGCGUCCAUAGAGGAGCCAAGCUUCUUGAUAAAUGUCUCGAAACGGUUGAUUAUCCUCUUUACUCUCAUCUUUUAUCUAAAGGUUUAACCGCCAAACUGUAUGCUUUGCCUUCCAUCCUCACACUUAGCGCAUGCACAGCGCCUCUUACAGAAGCGUUAGCAAUUUGGGAUUUUUUGUUUGCUUACGGAACACAUCUUAAUAUCCUCUGUGUUAUUGCACAGCUGCUUUUAUUUCGUGACCAAUUGCUCAACCAUUCAAGCCCAAUGCAUCUAUUACGUACUUUUCCGGAUCUAGACGCUGAAAAAAUAACGGGGCUCACCAUUGUCCUUAUAACCAAAAUACCACAGGAGCUUUAUAAUCUAUUAGCGCGCCAUCCCUGGGAUCCGGAAGCAGGUAUAGUGAUCGACCGUUUGGAACCGUUUCGACGUUAG